GGCAAGCGCGAGCGCGAGCGCGGGCGAGAGCGAGAGCGAGCUCUUUGGGGAGGGCUGGAGAGGAGGCGGAAUCGAGGCACUGAAGAGUGGGUCCGGUCCGGUCCAGGCUGGUCCGCGAACAUGUCCGUUUGACACUGUCCAGACUAUUUUGACCAUGGAUGGUGAGGAAAUACCAGACUUUUCAAGUUUAAAGGAGGAAACUGCUUAUUGGAAGGAACUUUCCUUGAAAUACAAACGAAGUUUUCAGGAAGCACAGGAAGAACUGGUUGAAUUCCAAGAAGGAAGCAGAGAAUUAGAAGCAGAAUUGGAAGCUCAGCUAGUUCAGGCUGAACAAAGAAAUAGAGACUUACAAGCUGAUAACCAAAGAUUAAAAUAUGAAGUGGAAGCAUUAAAGGAGAAACUAGAACAUCAGUAUGCACAGAGUUAUAAGCAGGUCUCUGUUUUGGAAGAUGAUUUGAGUCAGACACGAGCCAUUAAAGAACAAUUACAUAAGUAUGUAAGAGAGCUGGAGCAGGCCAAUGAUGACCUGGAGAGAGCAAAAAGGGCUACAAUAGUUUCGCUGGAAGAUUUUGAACAAAGGCUGAAUCAAGCCAUUGAACGAAAUGCAUUUUUGGAAAGUGAACUUGAUGAAAAGGAAUCUUUGCUGGUUUCUGUUCAGAGGCUAAAGGAUGAAGCAAGAGAUUUAAGACAAGAACUAGCAGUACGUGAAAGGCAACAAGAAGUAACCAGAAAGUCGGCUCCUAGUUCUCCGACUCUAGAUUGUGAAAAAAUGGAUUCUGCUGUACAGGCAUCCCUUUCCUUGCCAGCCACUCCUGUGGGGAAAGGGACGGAGAACAGCUUUCCUUCACCAAAAGGUAUACCAAAUGGUUUUGGUACCAGCCCACUAACUCCUUCUGCAAGGAUAUCAGCAUUAAACAUUGUGGGGGAUCUCUUGCGGAAAGUAGGGGCCUUAGAAUCCAAAUUAGCUGCUUGCAGGAAUUUUGCAAAGGAUCAAGCAUCACGGAAAUCUUAUAUUUCAGGGAAUGUUAAUUGUGGCCUGGUGAAUAGCAACAGCACAAAAUUCUCUCGUUCAGGGCAUACAUCUUUCUUUGAUAAAGGGACAGUAAAUGGCCUUGACCAAGUUCCUCCAACUGGUCUGGGCUCCUCCAGACCAUCAUCUGCUCCAGGUAUGCUGCCUUUGAGCGUGUGAGCACCCAGUGUCCAGGUGGAGGACUCGGCCCUCCACUGAUGAACAAGGAUAUACCUACACCUCACCUGUCUGUGCGCACACCUGCAAGGCCCAACUCAUGCCCUUCUAUCCACCUGCCUUCCCGUAGCCAGCAGAUGGCAUGCCAGCUGCAUGCCAUGGCAAACACCAUGCCCACUGCCCUGCAGGACUCUGCUCAAUGUUAACCCUGGUUAUUUUUUCUUCUCACCAUAGUGCCCAUUGGUUUCACAUGAUUGCACUUUUGUGGGUCACAAGCUGAUACGUGUAUUACUUGGUUUCUCUGGAUACAGAAGUUCCUGCUCACCCCCUCAGCCCAGCAGCCCUUCCUUGCUGUUCCAGUAGGAAUCAUUUGAGUGUAGGACCAGUGCAAAUCUUGGAGUUCUCCAAAACCUCAUAUUGAUGUGUGUCCUUCACCACAGCUUCUCCAUCCCCACCCCCACCCCACAGCAUCUCUCCUCCUGCCCCCCAAAAAGAGUCUUUUAUAGCAAAAAGGCUUUUGUAUUUUGGGGCCUCACUUCUGUCCUAUAUUCAUGGUAGUCACGGACACAGGGCACGUUUUUCCUGUACCUUCUGAAGCCUUUUGAGCAGUUAGCAUUUCUCUAGGCUCCUAUCACCAAGAGCAGCAUUUAGUCCUGGCUCAUAGACAGCAAUGAAAGGGGUCCCCAGAAAGUCCUAGGGGCCAUGUUCUGGAGGACUUUGCAACUGUGAGGUGUGUCUCCUUCUCUCUGUGCCUCAGACUUGGUGGGGUUGACCACCCCCUCACCAGCUUUCCGGAUCCUUCAGUUAAAAACACUAUCUUCAGAGCACUUUUGUUUUAUUCUCAGUGGGCCUAACCAGUUGAAUUGGGAGGAGUUGAGUGGCUCAUCUCCAAGGGGCAAAGAGAAGACUGCCCCUCAGAAGGGUAGGACUUUACGUGUUUUUCCUGUGCAUCCUUUGAUUAUUCACAUGCUGCAUUUACUGUUUACAUUUUUUUUGUAUAUAGAUUUGUAAACAUACUUGCCUGAGAUAUUUGUGCAUAACUUGGGCUUUGUAGCAUUAUUUAUUCAGAAUCCAUUUGGCAUGUUUAAUGACUUAGGAUGGUGUCCUACUGGGCAGCUGUAUAAGAUCAUCAUGUGGUUUAAAAAAUAACAAAACACUUCUCAUCAAAAUAAAGAUCCUUUUUUGUGGAAACAGUGAAUUUUACAGAAAAAGAAGAUUGAAGUUGAUUUAUUGCCUGUAUGAGAGAAAACAAAAAUUGGAGAAUACUAAUGACUCAAGAAGUUCAAAUCCAUGACCCCAUAAAUCAGAAAGAGGAAUUGAUUUUUACCAUGCAGGGGGCUUCCCUAAGGGUGUUAAGUUAGGGCAGGUAUCGCAGAAGGAAAAGGCCCCGAUUUUGCUUUGAAGGGCAUAUUCCUUGUUCCCUUUUUCUCUUUUUCCCCACCUAUGCUGAUGAAAUGAGUGAUCCUUAACCUCAAGAUCGGAAGCAGGUGGAGGAUAACCAUGAAGCCUCAUGAGCAGAUUCCUACCAUGUGCUUGUUAGGGUUAGUUUAUGGGGGUAGAUAGGGUGGAUCCCACCAUCAUUUUUCAUGAAGUGAGGUGUUACUUUUGUCACUCCAUAAUUUGAGGUCAUUUCAAACUAGGCUUCUUAAAUUUCAACUCAGAAUUUUCACCUCAUCUCUCAGGCUUGCUGAUUAACACCAGGUGAGAGAAGGUUCCAGGUAUUUGAUAGCAGUGACAAGAACAGCUUCAGAAACCUGCAGACUGGACGCUCACAGCUCUCAUUCGACAGGCUUUGAAUACUACUUUUGUUACAACAGAUGAACUCAGCAUUAAGAGCAAGCAGAAACUAAAAUGCUAAAUAAGCAAUAUCAAGUAAUAUUUCACAUUUGUAAAAAAAAUAAUAAAAUAUUAUGCAAGUA